GAACAUGUUGAACACGUUGAACAUGUUGAACACGUUGAACAUGUUGAACACGAACAUGUUGAACACGUUGAACAUGUUGAACAUGCUGAACACGUUGAACAUGUUGAACACGUUGAACACGUUGAACAUGUUGAACAAGCAGCCAGAGCUCCUGGGGCUGCUUGCUCAACAUGUCACCAUUCAAGUAGGUUUAUUGAGACAAGAAAAUGUCUGGGAAACUGUUGCUGGUAGCGAUAGAAGCUCCUCUCUCUCUAUUAUUAUUAAUUAAUGUCAGCCAUGUUGUUUCUAUCGUAUUCCUGUCUGGGUCUUUUAGCUGUCAUUUGGUGGUGAGGGGGGGGGGUUAUAUAUUGCUUCUACUCUUAUUUUUGAUCCUCCAAUUGCUAUGGUGGCUGUUAUGUAAUCACUGAACCCUUCACAGCCAUGGAUAACCAUCUCCUCAAAACUUCAGUUUUUUCUUAUCAGCAGAGCUACUCCAUCUCUUCUUUCUUUUCUUUCCCUAUACUACGUAAUAUUCCUGCGCGCGCACGCGUGUACUCACCUAGUUGUGCUUGCGGGGGUUGAGCUCUGCUCUUUCGGCCCGCCUCUCGACUGUCAAUCAACUGUUUUUACAACUACUAUUUUUUGUCACACCACACACCCCAGGAAGCCGCCCGUGACAGCUGAUUCCCAGGUACCUAUUUAUUGCUAGGUAACAGGGGCAUAGGGUGAAAGAAACUUUGCCCAUCGUUUCUCGCCAGCGCCCGGGAUCGAACCCGGGACCACACACGGCGCCCGGGUCCCGAACCCGGGACCAUCACGUGUCCAGCGUGCUGUCCGCUCGGCCACCGUCUCCCCUAACGCACAUACACGUAUGUGUGUGUGCACGUGCGUGGUGGGAGGGGGAAGGUGUCGAGAUGUGUGUGGGUCCAGAUGUGUGCUGGCAUGAUGGAACUGUGUGGAGGGUGAGAGAGAGGGGGGGGCGGUGGGGAUAGACCCCUCCCUCACAUCCACCUAUCCAGAGCUCCUCUAUAAUUAUCUCUCUUCCUAGCACCGCGGGAUGUCUAGCCAGCAGGCGGGAACACCGUUCAUCACACCUAUCAGAGGGGAAACAUUAUAUACCCAUAAAUGGUAUUCGAACCGCUCCUGGGCGACCCGGUGUUCUACACUUUAUUAUGAAACCCGGAAGCCGAGGCCAGGAUUCUCGGUGUCAUCACUAGCUAAGGUUUCCUGAAAUUCUUUCAGGCUUCGUGAGUUCAGUUUAGUGUCUUACUCAAUGGUUGCUGCUUUCUUGAUGAGUCCCCAGGCUCCUGUGUGUGUAGGGCUCAUGCUGUCGUGCGUGGAGUGCUUGUGUCGUCUUGUCGUGCAUGCUGUCGUGCGUGGAGUGGUUGUGUCGUCUUGUCGUGCAUGCUGUCGUGUGUGGAGUGGUUGUGUCGUCUUGUCGUGCAUGCUGUCGUGUGUGGAGUGGUUGUGUCGUCUUGUCGUGCAUGCUGUCGUGUGUGGAGUAGUUGUGUCGUCUUGUCGUGCAUGCUGUCGUGUGUGGAGUGGUUGUGUCGUCUUGUCGUGCAUGCUGUCGUGUAUGGAGUGGUUGUGUCGUCUUGUCGUGCAUGCUGUCGUGUGUGGAGUGGUUGUGUCGUCUUGUCGUGCAUGCUGUCGUGUGUGGAGUGGUUGUGUCGUCUUGUCGUGCAUGCUGUCGUGUGUAGUGGUUGUGUCGUCUUGUCGUGUAUGCUGUCGUGUGUGUAGUGGUUGUGUCGUCUUGUCGUGCGUGGAGUGCUUGUGUCGUCUUGUCGUGCGUGGAGUGCUUGUGUCGUCCUGUCGUGCAUGCUGUCGUGCGUGGAGUGCUUGUGUCGUCUUGUCGUGCAUGCUGUCGUGCGUGGAGUGCUUGUGUCGUCUUGUCGUGCAUGCUGUCGUGCGUGGAGUGCUUGUGUCGUCCUGUCGUGCAUGCUGUCGUGCGUGGAGUGCUUGUGUCGUCCUGUCGUGCAUGCUGUCGUGCGUGGAGUGCUUGUGUCGUCCUGUCGUGCAUGCUGUCGUGCGUGGAGUGCUUGGGUCGUCUUGUCGUGCAUGCUGUCGUGCGUGGAGUGCUUGUGUCGUCCUGUCGUGCAUGCUGUCGUGCGUGGAGUGCUUGGGUCGUCCUGUCGUGCAUGCUGUCGUGCGUGGAGUGCUUGGGUCGUCUUGUCGUGCAUGCUGUCGUGCGUGGAGUGCUUGUGUCGUCCUGUCGUGCAUGCUGUCGUGCGUGGAGUGCUUGUGUCGUCCUGUCGUGCAUGCUGUCGUGCGUGGAGUGCUUGUGUCGUCCUGUCGUGCAUGCUGUCGUGCGUGGAGUGCUUGUGUCGUCCUGUCGUGCAUGCUGUCGUGCGUGGAGUGCUUGGGUCGUCCUGUCGUGCAUGCUGUCGUGCGUGGAGUGCUUGUGUCGUCUUGUCGUGCAUGCUGUCGUGCGUGGAGUGCUUGUGUCGUCCUGUCGUGCAUGCUGUCGUGCGUGGAGUGCUUGGGUCGUCCUGUCGUGCAUGCUGUCGUGCGUGGAGUACUUGUGUCGUCCUGUCGUGCAUGCUGUCGUGCGUGGAGUGCUUGGGUCGUCCUGUCGUGCAUGCUGUCGUGCGUGGAGUGCUUGGGUCGUCCUGUCGUGCAUGCUGUCGUGCGUGGAGUGCUUGUGUCGUCCUGUCGUGCAUGCUGUCGUGCGUGGAGUGCUUGGGUCGUCCUGUCGUGCAUGCUGUCGUGCGUGGAGUACUUGUGUCGUCCUGUCGUGCAUGCUGUCGUGCGUGGAGUGCUUGUGUCGUCUUGUCGUGCAUGCUGUCGUGCGUGGAGUGCUUGUGUCGUCCUGUCGUGCAUGCUGUCGUGCGUGGAGUGCUUGGGUCGUCCUGUCGUGCAUGCUGUCGUGCGUGGAGUACUUGUGUCGUCCUGUCGUGCAUGCUGUCGUGCGUGGAGUGCUUGGGUCGUCCUGUCGUGCAUGCUGUCGUGCGUGGAGUGCUUGUGUCGUCUUGUCGUGCAUGCUGUCGUGCGUGGAGUGCUUGUGUCGUCCUGUCGUGCAUGCUGUCGUGCGUGGAGUGCUUGUGUCGUCUUGUCGUGCAUGCUGUCGUGCGUGGAGUGCUUGUGUCGUCUCGUCUAUGUACCAUUUACAUACAACAUCGAGGACAAAAUCCUCCCCGCCCCCCUUACCUGUUGUAUAGUGACAUAGUUACGCUAUUAGUGACACAGUAAGCCUAUUGUAGUCGCGAAAUAUUGAGUCUGUCUUAUUACCAACUUAGUGAAACAGCCUACUGUAUUAGCGAUACAGCCUACUGUAUUAGCGAUACAGCCUACUGUAUUAGCGAUACAGGCUACUGUAUUAGCGAUACAGGCUACUGCAUUAGCGAUACAGGCUACUGCAUUAGCGAUACAGGCUACUGCAUUAGCGAUACAGGCUACUGCAUUAGCGAUACAGCCUACUGCAUUAGCGAUACAGGCUACUGCAUUAGCGAUACAGGCUACUGCAUUAGCGAUACAGCCUACUGCAUUAGCGACACAGCCUACUGCAUUAGCGAUACAGGCUACUGCAUUAGCGAUACAGGCUACUGCAUUAGCGAUACAGCCUACUGCAUUAGCGAUACAGGCUACUGUAUUAGCGACACAUUAAGCCUACAGUCGAUGACGCGAUAAUUUGUGGGUGGACAGUGGGGGGGGAGGAGCGGCGCCGCCCAUCCUCCUGUUUACUGUAUCACCCUUCCGGCCACCAGGCUCCUAGCCGGCUCCCCACACCCCCCACCCACACUCCUAGCCGGCUCCCCACACCCCCCACCCACACUCCUAGCCGGCUCCCCACACCCCCCAACCCACACUCCUAGCCGGCUGCCCACACCCCCCACCCACACUCCU